AUGACCUUCAGACCCUCCAUGGAGGAGUUUCAGGAUUUCAACAAAUGCCUUGCAUACAUGGAGUCUAAAGGAGCACACCGAGCUGGCCUUGCAAAGGUGAUUCCUCCUAAGGGGUGGAAACCCAGGCAGUGCUAUGAUGACAUUGACGAUUUGCUGAUCCCAGCACCUAUCCAGCAAAUGGUGACAGGGCAGUCGGGACUCUUCACUCAGUACAAUAUCCAGAAGAAAGCCAUGACUGUGAAGGAGUUUAGGCAGCUGGCCAACAGUGGCAAAUACUGUACUCCAAGAUACUUGGAUUAUGAAGAUUUGGAGCGCAAGUACUGGAAGAACUUAACUUUUGUGGCACCUAUCUAUGGCGCAGAUAUUAAUGGGAGCAUAUAUGAUGAGGGUGUGGAUGAAUGGAAUAUAGCUCGUCUGAAUACAGUCUUGGAUGUGGUUGAGGAAGAGUGCGGUAUCUCAAUUGAGGGUGUGAAUACCCCUUACCUCUAUUUUGGUAUGUGGAAAACGACCUUUGCUUGGCACACGGAGGAUAUGGACCUCUACAGCAUUAAUUAUCUACACUUUGGAGAGCCCAAGUCUUGGUAUGCUAUACCCCCGGAGCAUGGAAAACGUCUUGAAAGACUAGCUCAAGGUUUUUUCCCAAGCAGCUCGCAAGGAUGUGAAGCAUUUCUGCGCCACAAGAUGACGCUGAUCUCUCCUUCAGUGCUCAGGAAGUAUGGCAUCCCCUUUGACAAGAUCACCCAAGAGGCUGGAGAAUUUAUGAUCACUUUCCCAUAUGGCUACCAUGCUGGUUUUAAUCAUGGCUUCAACUGUGCAGAAUCCACUAAUUUUGCCACUGUCAGAUGGAUUGACUAUGGAAAAGUUGCUAAAUUGUGCACCUGUAGGAAAGACAUGGUGAAAAUUUCAAUGGACAUCUUUGUGAAGAAAUUUCAGCCAGACAGAUACCAGCUUUGGAAGCAAGGAAAGGAUAUCUACACCAUCGAUCACACAAAGCCUACUCCAGAAUCCACCCCAGAAGUCAAGGCAUGGCUGCAGAGGAGGAAGAAGGUCCGAAAAGCAUCCAAGAGCUUCCAGUGCACGAGGUCUCACCCUAAAAGGUCUAAAACUGAGGAGGAUGAGGAAACCUCAGCCAUUGCUGAUGGGGCCAGAUUCCCGACACCUAACCCAGCCACAGACCAGCUCAAGGUCAGUGAAAACCCAGAAGCAGCUGAGAAGCUGAGUGAGACAGGAGCACUCUCUGAAGAGAUCUAUACUGACAGGAUGCAUCCAGAUCAGGACUUGUCACAUAACAUCAACCUUUCAGGGAACAGCUGUUCCAGCCCAUCAAUAGCAGAGGGAAUAAAAACUGAGGAGGACAAGGCCUGCACCACAGCGGCACCUUCUAACCCCAGGGAGGCUGAUAAUGCCAUAGCAUUGUCGAGUGGCUGUGCAACGUCUGAGGAAGCAGACCCCACAAGCCUUUCAUGGCCAAAGUCACCCGAGUCGAGUUCCUCCACAGCAGAGACUAAUGGAGUGUGGACAGAGGGAGAGGAAAGUGAUGUGGAAAGCCGUGGGAGUGGCCUGGAACCUGGGGAAGUCCCGGCGGUCCCCAGUGGAGAGAGAAAUGGCUUCAAAGUCCCCCAUAUAAUUGAGGGAGAGACCAAAACAUCUAAGAGUUGGCGCCAUCCACUUAGUAAGCCUCCAGCAAGAUCCCCAAUGACACUGGUGAAGCAGCAGGCAGCUAGUGAUGAAGACUUGCUGGAGGUACCCUCCAUAGAGGAGGAAGUAGAAGAAACGGAGUCUUGGGCAAAGCCUCUUGUCCACAUUUGGCAGACGAAGUCCCCAAACUUUGUGGCUGAGCAGGAAUACAAUGCAGCCGUGGCCAAAAUGGCACCUUACUGCGCUAUUUGUACUCUGCUCAUGCCCUACUACAAGCCAGACAGCAGCAAUGAAGAAAAUGAUUCUAGAUGGGAGACAAAAUUAGAUGAAGUGAUUACUUCAGGAGAAAAGACUAAGCCACUCAUUCCCGAGAUGUGUUUUAUUUAUAGUGAGGAAAAUAUAGAAUAUUCUCCACCCAAUGCCUUCCUGGAAGAAGAUGGAACAAGCCUUCUUAUUUCCUGUGCAAAGUGCUGUGUACGGGUUCAUGCAAGUUGUUACGGUAUCCCUUCUCAUGAGAUCUGUGAUGGAUGGCUGUGUGCCCGGUGCAAAAGAAAUGCAUGGACAGCUGAAUGCUGUCUCUGCAAUUUGAGAGGGGGUGCUCUUAAGCAAACGAAAAACAAUAAAAGUGCAUGUUCUGCAGACACCGGGUUAAGAAGGUCUCUGGAGCUUGCAUCCAGUGUUCCUAUGGCCGCUGCCCAGCCUCCUUCCAUGUUACGUGUGCCCAUGCUGCUGGUGUGCUGA